AUGGGCCACCAGUGUGGUUCAACGACGCGGAGGACUCGCCACCCAGUGAUCCGGAGCCCGAGCCAGCACUCACCUCUGGUCUUCCCAGAGCCCGGGGCAGGCGGUCCCAGAAGUGUGGUGGUCGAGCGGCCUCCCAGUCAGCCAGACCUCCAGCCAGUCAGCCAGUUGAUCCCUGACCUACUUCUUUCAAGGGUUCUCGGCUGGCCAUUUUUCCGGGGCCCGGCCUGCCGGGGGCCCGGCCUGGAGGGGGUCCCGCUGGUCCCAUCUGGCUGCCGGCUGGGAUCUGUGUUCCUGUUGCCCAGGGUCCAGGAGCCUUCACUGCCCAGUGUCCAGAAGAUUGCACUACCCAGUGUCCAGCAGCAGCUGCCUGCCCUGCCUCGUGUCCAGCAGGAGCUGCCUGCCCGGCCCCGUCAGGAGCUGCCUGCCCUGUCCCGUGUCCAGCAGGAGCUGUCUGCCCUGCCCCGUGUCCAGCAAGAGCUGUCUGCCCUGCCCCGUGUCCAGCAAGAGCUGUCUGCCCUGCCCCGUGUCCAGCAGGAGCUGCCUGCCCUGCCCCGUGUCCAGCAGGAGCGGUCUGAACCUCAGGAGCUGCCUGCCCUGUCCCAUGUCCAGCAGGAGCUGCCUGCCCUGUCCCGUGUCCAGCAGGAGCUGCCUGCCCUGUCACGUGUCGCAGAGCGGUCGCUGCCCAGUGUCCAGCAGGGGCGGCCUGUCCUGUCCAGUGUCCAGCAGGAGCUGCCUGCCCUGCCCCGUGUCCAGCAGAAGCGGUCUGAACCUCAGGAGCUGCCUGCCCUGUCCCAUGUCCAGCAGGAGCUGCCUGCCCUGUCCCGUGUCCAGCAGGAGCUGCCUGCCCUGUCCCGUGUCGCAGAGCGGUUGCUGCCCAGUGUCCAGCAGGGGCGGCCUGUCCUGUCCAGUGUCCAGCAGGAGUUGCCUGCCCUGUUCAGUGUCCCCGAGCUCUCACUGCCCAGUGUCCCCGGGCCCUCUAGUGUCCCCGAGCCUUCAGUGCCCCGCAUUCAGGAGCUUUCAGUGCUCUGCGUCCAGGAGUGUCCGCUGCCCCGGGAGCUUCCCUUGCCCAGUGUCCAGGAGCUUCCCCGGCCCAGGGUCCAGAAACCCCAGCCGUCCAGCGACACCGGAGUCUGCCACCCUAGCGUUUGGCGGUUCCGUUCGUGGCCUCGGCGAGUCAGCAUGGCAGCCAUCCCGUGUUCCAGCACCCUGGGGCAUCUCGGCGGUCAAGUCCUGGAGGGCAUUCCCUCAUGGGGAUGGGGCUGGUUCGUCCCCCGGACUGUUUGA